AACAUGAAGAAAUAGUUUUUAAGAACUAGUUUGCAGUGAUUAAACUUCUUGUCAUGAUUUGACUUGUAGAACUUUUGAUCAGGAGUUUAGGUAGAGGUACAACUACGGUGAGGUUUGGAGAAUGCACUUCUACUUGAAGUGUUGGGAGAUCUUAAGUAAACUACGGAUUCAAGUUCUGUGUAUUCUCUGUCUUCUCCUUCUCCUUCUCCCUCCACCUACUCUACAUCAAGAUGAUGAACAUACUCCUCCAGGAAUGUCUAAGUGUGUACUGGGUUGGUGUCUUCCAAGAGGAUACCAGAAGCUUGAGCAGCCUAACCCUGAGAAGGCUGUGAUGAUUAAUGUGAACCUAGAGAUCCUAGAUAUACUUGGAGUCAACGAUAAGGAGUUUUCUAUAACUUUAUCCAUGUACUUCUCCGUCCAAUGGGAAGAGAGCAGAAUACAGACCAAUAAUACAGUUGAAGCAGAUUCUUGGUCUCCUGUAUCUUUAGAGUUUUUACAGGAUCUCUGGGUUCCCAAUAUCUUCAUCUACGACUUAAAAAGCUUUAAAUCAAUGGAUGUUUUGAAAAGGCUAGCAGGGGUAUGGAUUAUUGACGGGAAGGAUGUUAUGUACAAUCAGUUCUGUUCUGUCACCUUCCUUUGUCCAAUGAGAUUUGAAAGAUAUCCAUUAGAUGAACAUAUUUGUAAGUUUCGUGUAGGAUCUACUAAUAUGGAUAUAAAUUUAAUGAGGUUCGAGGAAGCUCUAGUACAGUACAAUGAGAAGAAAAGGAACACUAUACUAGAUUAUCUAAUCGAAGUUCUACCCUUGGAGCAAUCAGACAGGAUAUUAGACUAUAGUGGCAUGAAUUACAGUGUUACAGGAUUUGAGAUGCGACUAUCCCGGCACGUUCUGAAGUAUUUGUAUAUCUACUAUCUUCCAUCUGGACUAUUCGUAGUAGUCUCAUGGGUCGGGUUUCUCAUCCCACCAGAGGUUGUCCCUGGAAGGAUGGCUAUGCUGAUUACUCUAUUCCUCGUGCUAAUCAAUAUUUUUAAUAUUGUAACGUCGAACUCUCCGAAUGUUGAGGGGAUGACCGCUAUAGCAGCCUGGAUGCUUGUCUGUAUAUUCUUCGUCUUUGGUGCCUUAGUUGGAUACGCAUAUCUACUUUGGAAGAAGAAGAAAAGCUGUCUCAAGAGGAAGAGAGCAAGAAAACAAACUGAAGAAGAAGGAAAACUUCGUACAAUUAGAAAGGAAGAUUAUAGAUCAAAGGUUGACGAUGUGUUCCUAGUAGUGUUCCCGAUUAUGUUCCUUGUGUUUAAUCUGAUCUACUGGCCGAUGUGUUUAAGUGGACGGCAAUCUGGCGGAUAGCCGACAUCGGGGGAGGCGGCAACGGAUGGAUCUCUGCCCUCCCCCCCUGUAUUCAUCGGGGAUACAGGAUACUCAGCCCCUGGCCUACCUCUGGGUAUAUAUACAAACCAUCAGCGACAAGGGUGCACCUCAAGGUCUGUAAACGGAAAAGGGAACUGCAAGUUCUUCCAAGGCCCUAGUCCUGGCAUGAAUCAGGGGUUGUUUCCGUAGACGCUGUUACCUCUAGACAAUUGAAGAAUUUAACGGUGCAUUCUUUCCAGUAUCAAACUCUAGUUCAUGAUAAAAACACUUCUUGUAGAAUCUAUUUAAGAAUAAAAGAUCAGAAUCAAGAAUUCAAAAAUGUACUUGCAGCGGGAAGGCCAGGUAUUGUCGGCCUAGUCCGGUCUAAUAUUUGAAAAAGAUAGUGGCCUCCAGUCUAAUAUGUGGUCAAGAUGGUGGCCUCCAGUCUAAUAUUUGGUCAAGAUGGUGGCCUCCGGUCUAAUAUCUGGUCAAGAUGGUGGCCUCAAGUCUAGUAUGUGGUCAAUAUGGUGGCCUCCAGUCUAGGAUUUAGUCAAGAUGGUGGCCUCCAGUCUAGUAUGUGGUCAAGAUGGUGGCCUCCAGUCUAGGAUUUAGUCAAGAUGGUGGCCUCCAGUCUAGUAUGUGGUCAAGAUGGUGGCCUCCAGUCUAGGAUUUAGUCAAGAUGGUGGCCUCCAGUCUAGUGUCAAGAUGGUGGCCUCCAGUCUAGUAUGUGGUCAAGAUGGUGCCCUUCAGUCUAGGAUUUAGUCAUGAUGGUGGCCAUCCAAUCUAGGAAUUAGUAAAGAUGGUGGCUUCCAGUCUGGGAAUUAGUAAAAAUGGUGGCCUCUAGUCUAGGAUUUGAUAAAGAUGAUGACCUCAGUCUAGGAUUUAAUCAAGAUGGCUGUUGGUGGUCUCCAAUCAACGACAUAUUAGAAAUAUAGGCCACCGGUCAACGAUAAAUUAAUGGGGGCCUCCAGUCAAUGGUAUUUCCAAAAUUGAGGCCUCAAUCCAGUAAACUAUUUUUUGGAAAAUUCUUCAAAAAUUUAUAUUUAUAGUUUGAUUUUGAUGAAUAUGAUCUUAUAACUCUUAAAUAAUGACAUUUGAUCUCAUGAGUCUUAAUGUGAUAAUAUUUUUGUUCUUAUUAAUAAUAUUUGAUCUUUGCAAAUUAUUGUGAAAUUUAAAACCGUGGAUAUCGAGAUCAGACAUUGUAGGCAUAUUUUCACGAAAAAGUUCUGACCACUGAAAUGAUAUGCAGAAAAAAAAAUUGGUUUUUAUCUUAGAUUUAUUUUUUUAAUCUUCUGAAUUUAAUAAAUAAUUAAGUUUGAUCUUAGAUAAUAUUGACUAUUUAUUUAUUUUCUUGCAUUUGAUUAACAUACAUCAUAGAUUUUUGAUAUAAUUGAGUCUUCAAUUUGAUGAUUUUUCAUCCCGUUAAAUCAUGUUUCAGUAUCGGAGUCUUGAUAAAAAAGAUCAGAAAGUUAGGAAUAAUUCAUUUGACUUGAAUGUAUAAAGAUGAUGUUUAUUAAAGAUAAUUCUUUGCUAUUAAAGGGACCGUUCACUUAUUUGGGUAAUUUCAGG